AUGGCCCUCAUCGCCUCUUGCAAUGCGCUCUACUUCCCGCGCGAACCACGGGAUAACAUACUCAAGGUGCGGUGGAACGCGCAGGACACGCCGCUCGAGCCGAACACGAGCGUCAUCUUCAAGAUCAAGUGCACGGCGCCGCACCUGUUCCACGCAAUGCCACGCUAUGGCGCACUUCUCCUCGCCGACGCAACCGGGGCCGUAACGCCGAGCUCGAGUCAGACAACAACGAUCACGUUCAGUCUUCGCGAGAGUCAAGGCGGCGGCGCUGGGGACAUCUCCCCGACGGGGGUGAGCCGGCAGACCGCGUCAACGACGACGCGCACAUCGCGGGCCUCGAGUGCCACGCCGGGCGGCCCAGCGUACCAGGAGCGCUUCGCCAUCGAGUACGUGAUGAUCAAGUCGGAGCCGCUCGCCUUUCAGCAGAUUUCGAGCAGCGUCGCCGACGCGGCGCGGUUGACGGAGGUGGUAAAGAAUAUGUGGUCCCUCGUCGCCUCCAGUGCUAUCCCGCGGGCACACCUCGGCGUUCAGGCCGGGAUCAACCUGAAGGUGUACAUGGAGAACGUGGUGCUGCAGCCCAGUGACCCGGCGCCGAGUGGCGGCGACGAGGCCACGAAGAUUGUCGUUCCGCCCGAGGCCUGCCUCGUUCUGCCGAUGGCGUCGGAGCGGCGCUGCCGCAGCGUCCACGACGUCACCCGUCCUGGCCGUAGCCGGCCUGCUUUGGACCCGUCUCCGCGGCUUUACAGCGGUGGCGAUGGGGCAGACCACCUAGGCGGCACCUCCUCUGUCUUCCGACGCAAGCCUACUGAUGAGCUGCGUGCCCUUCGGGAGGAGAUCAAUACGAUGCGUCGCGAGUCCACCACACCACACAGCGCGGUCGGCGGCAGUGUGCGCAACAGCUCCUCGCCGUCUUCCAACACACCGAAUAGCAAGCCGCGUGGGCACGAGGGAGCUGCAGCGAUGCAGCCGCUCCCCGCCCAUCGUGCUGCCGGCACCAGCAGCUAUGAAAACCUGAUUAUGAAGUUCGACCUGGGUGGCGCGGCGAGUCGAGCUGGUGACCCAGCUGCGCAGAAGGAGGGCCUCAAGGUGUACAUAGUGCUGCUGCUGAUGGUCGCCCUGUACGUGUGCCUGCUUUUCAUGCGGCGCGGUGCAACACACGCCGAGGGCGUCAAGAACGGCAGCGGCAACCGCGCGGAGGCGGCGGAAGAAAGGUACGCCGUUCAGCUAUCAUCGAGGGAAGUGCAGAUGAGGAAGUAG